UUAAAUUUAUAUUUGGGUUUUUUCAUAAUAGGCUUAUCGUCGCAUUGCGAUGGCAUUUAGAAACCCAUUAGCAAAGAGACAGAGAUAGAGCCCAAAGCGGAAUCCCUCAGGCAAUGCCUUUGGUGUUGGACUAGUGGUAUUUUUGCUCUAAAAAAGUUUCAACGUUGAAGCAACGCGAUCCGACUCAUCGUGAGACGGGGCUUUAGGUUAGAACAGGAACUCCAAACAUACCAAGCCGAAACACAGCAGCAGCAAUGGCGGAGGAUGCAAUACUAGGUUACUUGGCGAGCCACGAAGAGAUCCCAGAUUCAGGUAAGUUCGCAUCCCAACACGGUCUCCAGCAAAACGACGUGGUCAAUGUCAUCAAGAGCCUCCACGGUUUCCGUUACAUCGAUGCUCAGGACAUUAAAAGGGAGAGUUGGAUGCUCACAGACGAGGGUAAAAAGUACGCUGCCGAAGGAUCCCCCGAAGUUCAACUCUUCUUAGCUGUCCCUCCCGAAGGCUUCAUUGCCAAAGAUGAACUACAGAAAAAGCUAGACCCUUCAGUUUUCAAAAUCGGUUGCUCACAAGCUGGAAAAAACAAAUGGGUCGAUAUGGGAAAGCAAGUUUCCAGAAAGGUUCAACAUGUGGAAGACAAGGUCAAGGAUUUGCUUGUAAGAAUACAAGAUGGGCAGACGAUUGACAAAGAUGAUAUUAACUCACUUAAAGCAAGGAAGCUUAUUGUUGCACAAACAUGGAAGGGUUACUCAGUGAGAAAAGGGCCUAACUAUGCCUCUAAAAGAAAGAAAGUUGCUACUGAUUUGACUAGGGAAAAUCUACAGAGGGGUGACUGGAAGGAACUAGAGUUCAAAGAAUAUAACUUCAAUGCUAAAGGACCACUUGCUGAUGCUGGCCAUCUUCACCCAUUGCUCAAGGUGAAACAACAAUUGAAGAACAUAUUUCUUCAGAUGGGUUUUGAGGAGAUGCCAACAAACAAUUUCGUUGAAAGCAGCUUCUGGAACUUUGAUGCAUUGUUCCAGCCACAACAACACCCUGCACGUGAUUCACAUGAUACAUUCUUUCUGGAAGCUCCAUCCACUACUAGGCAACUACCUGAAGAUUAUGUUGAGUUAGUGAAACGUGUUCAUGAGUCUGGUGGUUAUGGCUCCAGGGGAUAUAUGUAUGACUGGAAAAGAGAGGAAGCAAACAAAAACCUGCUGCGUACUCAUACAACUGCUGUCUCCACUAGAAUGCUUUAUGCUCUAGCAAAGCAACCUUUUGCACCCAAAAGAUAUUUCUCUAUAGAUCGUGUGUUCAGAAAUGAAUCUGUGGACCGAACUCAUCUUGCAGAGUUCCAUCAGAUUGAAGGUUUGGUAUGUGACCGGGGGCUUACUCUUGGUGAUUUGAUCGGUGUCCUGAAUGACUUCUUCUCACGACUAGGCAUGUCCAAGUUGCGUUUCAAGCCUGCUUACAACCCAUAUACCGAACCGAGCAUGGAGAUAUUCAGUUAUCAUGAAGGAUUAAAGAAAUGGGUGGAAAUUGGGAAUUCCGGCAUGUUCAGACCUGAAAUGUUGCUUCCAAUGGGAUUUCCAGAGGAUGUUCGUGUCAUUGCUUGGGGCCUUUCCCUUGAAAGACCAACCAUGAUACUCUAUGGAAUCGAUAACAUUAGGGAUCUGUUUGGACACAAGGUGGAUCUUAGUCUCAUCAAACGGAACCCUAUCUGUCGCCUUGGAAUUGAUUAGGUUAUGGGAUAUUCUUGUCCUUCCAUUCUUUCUUUUCCUAAUUGAACCUAGGAUACACCAAUACAGUUUGCACAUGUACUUUUAUAUCAUAUGCAAUGAGCAAUGGCUAUAUCUGAUAAUUUUUUGGUUUCUUUACUUUCAAUUUUUGUGCUGUGAAAAUGACAUGGUGAUAGUGCCUCUGAUCACCAUUUUGCACAUUUUGUUUUUAUUAAAUAAAUUUCAUGCCCAUGAUUUUGGUCAAACUUGAACUUUUUGCAUUGAUGGCUUAAGGAUCGCAUGAAGGCUCUUAUCUUAAAUCUGCAGCUCUGCCUAGCGCCUACACAAGUAAGAAACAUUGUGCAAAGGCUUUCUGAUUUACCAUGUGAUAACCCGUCUAAUAACAGAGGUAUCCUAUCCAUAUUUUGAUAUUUAAAAAUCCAAUGUAGCUGAUCAUUGAUCAUGUCUCUGUUGCAUGAUAUCACCUUUACUGCGUUUUA